CACCCAUUUCAUUGAUUGUUGCUGCAACAAAUGGUGCUCGUUCCGACGUGGGAACUGCAGCAUGUUUGCAGCUACUAUUGCCCGUAGAGCGCCUCAAUUCCACGUACACGUCACAUGCAGUACCAUCCCAUGGUAUAAAUGAGGCAUGGAGCCCUUGCUUUCACCCUUUUGCUUCUUCUAACAGCAUCCUCUUUAUUAUUCCAAGCACUUUAGUAUUUUUCUCCCGCAAUGGCCAACAUCCUCGUCAGCAAGCACCCUAUCGUCCAGCAAAAGAUCUCCGAGCUGCGUCACAGCGACAACACGGCGCGGCAGGUCCGCGAGCUGACCGACAGCAUCGCGCGACUGCUUAUGUACGAGGUCACGCAGGACCUUCGCCUGGUAUCCACCACUACCGAAACAAGCCCCGUGGGCCAGUACAUGGGCCAGCGGAUCGAGACAAAGCAGGCGCUGGUACCGGUCUUGCGCUCUGGCCUGGCCAUGCUCGGUGCAGCCUCGGACCUGUUGCAUGAUGCCGAGAUCCGCCACCUCGGUCUGUUCCGCGAGGAAUCGACGCUGGCGCCGGUCGAGUACUACAACAAGCUGCCGAAACAGUGCAACGUCGACGAAUGUAUUAUCCUCGACCCGAUGAUUGCCACGGGCGGCACGGCGGAGGCCGCGAUUCAGAUCCUGCACGAGUGGGGGGCGAAGGCAGUCAAGGUUGUCGCUAUUUGUGUUUCCCGCAAGGGCAUCGAGCGGCUGGCUGCAAAGUAUCCGAGCGUGCGGUUCUUUGUUGGCACUAUUGAUGAGGAACUCAACAGCAAGGGAAUCGUCGUGCCGGGCAUUGGCGACUGCGGUGACCGUCUCAACAACACAAAGUAGAAGGCUCCAGCAAAACUCAUUUUAUUGAAAUACAUAGGUCGUUAGGUUU